AUGGAUAUGGGAGACCAACCGCAACCAAACAUGUCCUUGGAUGACAUUGAGAUGAAAUCCAGUGACCUCCUGAAGAAGGAAGAUCUAGACAGCGGAGGCUUCGGGAAGGUCUCCUUGUGUUUUCACAGAACCCAUGGAUUUGUGAUCCUGAAAAAGGUGUACACGGGACCCAAGUGUGCUCAGUACAAUGAGUCACUCCUUGAAGAGGGGAAGAUGAUGCACAAACUGAAGCACAGCCGGGUAGUCAAGCUCCUGGGCAUCAUCAUAGAAGAAGGGAACUACUCCUUGGUUAUGGAGUACAUGGAGAAGGGCAACCUGAUGCAGGUGCUCAAAGCCCAGAUCAGUAUCCCACUCUCUGUCAAAGGAAGGAUAAUUAUGGAGACCAUCGAAGGAAUGUGUUACUUACAUGGAGAAAGUGUGAUACACAAGGACCUGAAGCCUGAAAAUAUCCUUGUUGAUAAUAACUUUCACAUUAAGAUAGCUGACCUUGGUGUUGCUUCCUUUAAGACGUGGAGCAAACUGACUAAAGAGAAACACAAUGAGCAGAGGAAAGUGAACGGCACAUCUGUCAAAAAUGGUGGCACCCUCUACUACAUGGCCCCUGAACAUCUGAAUGACAUCAAUGCAAAACCUACAGAGAAGUCAGACGUGUACAGCUUUGGCAUAGUUCUUUGGGCUAUAUUUGCAAAUAAGGAGCCAUAUGAGAAUGCCAUCUGUGCAGAGCAACUUUUAAUAUGCAUAAAAUCUGGGAACAGGCCAAAUGUGGAAGACAUCAUUGAGCAUUGCCCAAAGGAGAUCAUCAGCCUCAUGGAGCUCUGCUGGGAGACAAACCCAGAAGUUCGACCAACAUUUCCUAGCAUUGAAGAAAAAUUUAGGCCUUUUUAUGUAAGUCAGUUUGAAGAAAAUGUAGAAGAAGAUGUGGAGAGUUUAAAGAAAGAAUAUCCAGCCGAGAAUGCAGUUUUGAAGAGACUGCAGUCUCUCCAACUUGAUUGUGUGGCAGAACCUCCAAGCAGGUCAAAUUCAGAACAGCCUGGUUCACUGCACAGUUCCCAGGGACUCCAGAUGGGCCCUGUGGAGGAGUCCUGGUUUUCUCCCUCCCUGGAGAACGCACAAGAAGAGAAUGAGCCCUUCUUGCAGCAUAAACUCCAGGAGGAAGCAAGCUAUCAUGCUUUUGGCAACCGCAUGGACAAGCAGACAAAACAGCAGACCAGACAGAAUGUGGCUUACAACAGAGAAGAGGAAAGGAAACGAAGGGUCUCUUAUGACCCCUUUGCACAUCAGAACCCUUAUGAGAAUGUUCAGAAUACAAGUGGAAAAGGUCUUGCUUAUCCCAGUGCAACCAGUCAUAGUAGUGCAGUACACCAGCCAGCAGGGCUAACCAGCCAACCUCAGGGACCAUAUUGGAACACAGACUUAUAUAACCUACCUGGGUUUGGAAUAAGACCACUGGAUCCAGGAACAGCAGGUGCAAGAGUUUGGUAUGGAUUGAAUUCCAACCACAUGUCUAAUCUGUAUAAAACUCCCGUGCCUGAGACCAAUCUACCAGCAAGCACACCCACCAUUCCGUUCUACUCUUUUCCAUCAACAGAUGAGUCCCCCAAAUGUUGCAUAUAUAAUAGUUCUGGCAUUCAGAUUGGAGCCUACAAUUAUAUGGAGAUCAGUGCAGUGGAUUCGCAACUAUCAGAAAACACAUGUGCAAAUGUGAAAGAAGAGCCACCUUCCAAGUACCAACAUAUCUUUGAUAAUACCUCUAGUCUGACUGCUAAACACUUGAACCCAGUCAGGGAAAACCUGGGAAGGCACUGGAAAGACUGUGCCCGUAAACUGGACUUCACUGAGUCUCAGAUCGAUGAAAUUGACCACGACUAUGAGCGCGAUGGGCUGAAAGAAAAAGUUUACCAGAUGCUCCAGAAGUGGCUGAUGAGGGAAGGCAAUAAGGGGGCCACAGUGGGAAAGCUGGCCCGGGCACUCCACCACUGUCACAGAAUAGACCUCGUGAACUCCUUGAUACGUGUCAGCCAGAACUAACCCUGGAGGGGCUUUGGCAACAUGAAGCAAACUCCCCACUUAGUGAAUAACCCGCUGCUGGGUGUGCUGCCCCAGAGAAUUCAGAAUUCUGUCCUCACAGAUACACGUCAUUGCCUGCAUUUCAGAGCUGGAGAAUGGCAAGAGAAAUCUGCAGCCAGCAUCCCACUCUCAGGAAGGUGUGUAAGCUGGAAGCCUUCUUAAUAGCCAUGGAAUAGCAAUUAAAGAGAAAGAGAGAAAGAGAAAGCCUAGUUGGGUGUAAAAGGGAAAAAAGAGUUAUUUGAGGAAGAUCAUUUUCUUUCAGCCCAUGUCAUAACCUUAAAUUAUGCUGUUCAUUGAAUUUCCUGAGGUUUUGGUGAAGUGAGGAAAAAAAUUCCAGAGAAUGUAAAGUAAACCAGCUUUCUUAUUUUGUGCUCUCUUCUCCACAAAGGCUCCUCUUAUAACCAACGUGCAGUAAAAUUCUAAUUUCUGUUGAAACAGAGGGUUUUUUUUUUUUGUAUGACAACCACAGUUUGUCCCAAAAUUAUAGGAUGUUAACUUCAGUAUCAAAUACUAUCUGUCACUACAGACUCUAUGAAAUUGUGUAUAAUCCCAUUCCAUUAUUCUAAAGUAUAAAUUCCCUGAAGGGAAAGAGUGCUAAAGAGGAGAAAAAAAUGCAGGGGGAAAAAUCAUUAGAUUUUCCUGGCAGUUAUUUCAAGAAGCUAUUACGAAUUCUGACUACCACAAACAUCUCGUGCUUUCCUAACAUUCUAGUACUUUAUGCAGUUUCCCAGCCUGUGUGCCCCAGAGAGGGAAAGUUACUUAGGAAAUAUUGAUCUCUUCACCCCUGGGUAUGAUCAAAGCUUCAGGGCUGAUCACCGUUCAGCUGUUACCUCGGUUUACCCCAGCAUACUAUAGAGAUAUGUUUAUCUUUUUCUUUGUGCUGUGAAGCUAAAAAAGGCAAGUUUGAGAGCCUGAUCAUAAUGUCACUCAGCCUUUCAAAGCCCUUUUGAAACCCAGGAGCAAAUGAAAGAACAGAAAAUUGAAGCCACCCCAGUCACUGGGCAUCACUGCUGGCACUUUGCUAAACAGAGAUAUGCCAUUAUGUUCAUCUCUCCCAAGAUAGAGGGAGAGAAGGGCGCAAUGAGGGUCAGUCUGGCUGUCAGGAGAGAUUCUGGUGUCUUGGGUCGAUAACAAUAUUGUUGGUUUUGAUCCUGAAUCUCCUCCAGCCUCUGCAGACAUACACACACCUCUGAAGUGAGGAUGCAAAGCAGGAUUUCUCCACUUGGCUCUAUUGGCAUUGAGCCACAUAGUUUCUUUUGUUGUGGGGGAAACUGUCCGGUGCUUCUCUCCCCUGGAUGUCAAUGGCAUUACUUCCUCCCUCAUCUUGCCCCCAGUUGUGACAAUGUCUCUAGGAAUUUCCAAGUGUUCCCUAGAAGGGCAAAAUUGCCCUGGUUGAAAAAAGCACUGCUGUAAAAUAAUAAGUCUCAGUUCUGUCCACAUGUGUCAAGGUUCACGACUUAGCUGCCACACAGCAUUAAAUCAUGCUUAUGGAAAAUAAAAUUGGAGGCGGGGAAGGUCCAGGCUUUGCUAAAGGAGCAUGUAUGAUUUCUAAAUAGUUUCCUUUUACCUCCAUUCUAAUGGUGUUCUAAUCAUCUUAAAUUGAAAACAGGUCGAAUAACCAAUGUUAAGAGACAAAAAUGGAAGGUAUUUUAAUGGAUUUUUUAAAAUAAAAUGUUAUUCAU